UGCGCGUCCCUCCUGUUCGUGAUGGCCGUCAACAUGGCGGCAGUGGAGUGAGACGCAUGCCUAAACUCCACACUGAGAAUUGAUUUUUUUUUACCUCGCGUACUUUGUUUGCGUGAAAGAAAUCCGUCGAACAAAAAUGUCCCGUCACAGGAAUGUCCGAGGUUAUAACUACGACGAAGACUUUGAGGAUGAUGACAUGUAUGGGCAGUCAGUGGAAGAUGACUACUGCAUCUCUCCUGCCACUGCUGCACAGUUUAUAUACUCACGUCAAGACUCAAGACAGACUCGACAUGUAGAGACCCUGGAAGAGGCAGAAUAUGAGGAGGAGGAAGAGGAGAUGCCAACAUCUCCCUCUGUUGCAGGCACACUAGACCCACUACAACAAGGUCGGUUGUAUUCCUGUUUGGAUCAGAUGAGAGCUGUACUAGGAGAUUCAAUUCCCGACUCCACACUGACUCAGGCAGCUCUGAAAUAUGACUGUGACCCUCAAAGAGCACUUGAUUUUAUUCUAACUGAGGAGAACACCAAUACACACGCCCCUCCAGCCAGAACCAACCCACAACCCGAGCCUAUCACCACAGCUGCACCACAGAAAGCUAAAGCACGGGAUGCUCCAGAGAGUCGUGUUGAAGCUGAGGUUGUCCCAAAGGUUGCCCGCAUGACUGUGUCAGGCAAGAAGCAGACUAUGGGCUUUGAUGUGCGAAGUGCGGAAGAAAACGGCGUUGUUGCCCCAUCAGUUCGGAGAGGGCCGAGUCCAGAGGUCACCGCUGCACCAACCGCAGAGACCCCAACCAAACCAUUGGCUGUGAAUGAAGACUCUGCCGCCCCUACCCCAACUCGACCAGCUGGAAAGAGCAAACAGCAGCUCAACAUCCGUGCUGAACUGGAGAAGAGACAAGGAGGAAAACCGCUACUCAACCUGGUGGUCAUAGGUCAUGUAGAUGCUGGUAAGAGCACUCUCAUGGGUCAUCUGUUGUUUCUGCUCGGGAACGUUAAUAAGAGAACCAUGCAUAAAUAUGAGCAGGAGGCCAAGAAAGCUGGCAAGGCCUCAUUCGCUUACGCGUGGGUACUGGACGAGACAGGAGAGGAGAGAGACAGAGGAGUGACCAUGGAUGUGGGCAUGACAAAGUUUGAGACCGACUCGAAGGUUAUAACUCUGAUGGACGCACCAGGACACAAAGACUUCAUUCCGAAUAUGAUUACAGGGGCAGCACAGGCAGAUGUGGCUGUGUUAGUUGUAGAUGCCAGUCGCGGGGAGUUUGAGGCCGGGUUCGAGGCGGGGGGGCAAACCCGUGAGCAUGGCCUGCUGGUUCGAUCCCUUGGAGUCACGCAGCUUGCUGUUGCUGUCAACAAGAUGGACCAGGUGAACUGGCAGCAGGAGAGGUUCCAGGAAAUCACCACAAAGCUUGGUCACUUUCUGAAGCAGGCUGGUUUUAAGGAUUCGGAUGUCUUUUACAUCCCUACCAGCGGCCUAUCAGGAGAGAAUCUGACUACUAGGAGUAAGGUUGCAGAUCUUACAGCCUGGUACACUGGACCGUGCCUACUGGAACAGAUAGAUGCAUUUAAACCACCACAGAGGUCAGUGGAGAAGCCCUUCAGGCUUUGUGUCUCAGACGUAUUCAAAGAUCAGGGAUCUGGGUUCUGUGUGACGGGGAAGAUUGAGGCUGGCUUCAUUCAGACAGGAGAUAAAGUUCUGGCCAUGCCUCCUAAUGAGACCUGCACGGUAAAAGGGAUCACUCUCCAUGAUGAAGCUUUAGACUGGGCAGCUGCUGGUGAUAAUGUCAGUCUAACAGUAACUGGCAUGGACAUCAUCAAAAUAAAUGUUGGAUGUAUAUUCUGUGAUCCCAAGGAGCCCAUCAGAGCCUGUUCAAGAUUCAGAGCAAGAAUUCUUCUUUUUAAUAUAGAAGUUCCCGUCACGCAAGGCUUUCCCGUACUGUUGCACUAUCAGACUGUAAGCGAGCCGGCGACUAUUAGGAAGUUAGUCAGCGUAUUACACAAGAGCAGUGGAGAAGUUCUCAAGAAGAAGCCAAAGUGUUUGAGUAAAGGACAGAAUGCUGUGGUUGAGAUUCAAACACAACGGCCUGUGGCUCUGGAGCUCUAUAAGGACUACAAAGAACUGGGGCGGUUCAUGCUGAGAUAUGUGGGCUCGACCAUUGCUGCUGGGGUUGUCACAGAGAUCAAAGAGUAAGAACCAGUUGGAACUGGAUCUUCCAGGAAAAAAAAAAAAAAACUGGGCGAAACCUCUGGACAGAAGUGCAAUUCCCCCUCAGAACUACAUAAAAUGAAUGCGUACAUGAUGCCCUCAAAGCAACUUCUAGCCACAGGUCACAUUUCACCUUGUUAAAGGCCCUAGAAUGAGAGAGAGUGUGUGUUAAAGAGAAACUGCAACUGUCCUGCCCCUCAACUGAUCUGUGUAAUAAUUCAUCCAGAUUUUCAACUUAAACCCUCCUAAAACACACACAGAGAACAUUUGCCUGUAAUUUAAUUUGGUCUGCAUCCAUUCAUUGAUUGCAUCAUAGACUGAACUCAUCGUUUUAUUAUUUGCUAUUUUAUUUUGAUUAUUGUAAAGUGCAUCAUUUUUGACUAUAGGAUGGCAGCACAUAAUGGACAUUAGGUUUGGUUCAAAUACAAGGUUUUUAAGGUUAAUGAAAUCAGUUAAGGAUAUGUGUGUAAAAGGGAAAAUAUAUUACUGGCUGGCUGGCUGCUCUCAUCUCCUCCAUCAGUUUCUCAUGUGAGCAGGACAGUGUGAAUGAAAUCUGAUCAUUAAUGAGAAAACAGAAGGAUUGAGACCCAGUGGGCAAAUGGAUAUUCUGUGGAGGAACUCAUCCGCGUGUCUAUAAUUUAACAGUAACCACUUUAAGGACCUAAUGGACAUGUCUCUUACUAAUCUUACUCAUUUCUGAUUAUUAAGGGGUUUUAAUUUAAAGAGCAUUUUGUUUGGGUGUAUCAAAGCUGAAGUUGUUCAAUUGGGGAAAAGCUUCUUCAUCAGAAAAAUAAAAAAAAUCACUGCGGGAAAA